AUGGUCUCCGCUCAAAAAGUCGUCUUCCCCACCGAGGGCAAGCACCUCCUCGAGAUCACCCGCGAGGGUCCCCUCUUCAUCAUGACCAUGGUUGACAAGGAAAACAGAUUCACCCCCGAAAUGUGCAAGGCCAUCUGCGACGCCCUCGACCACGUCGCCGAGGUCGUCGACAAAGAGGAGCUCACCGAGGCUGCCCUCAUGACCCGCGGCCAGGACAAGUUCUACUCUAACGGUCUUGAUAUGGAGAAGGCCUUCUCUAUCCCCGGCUUCACCGACCAUACCUUCAUGCCCAUGCUCAACAAGAUCCUCCUCUUUGGCAUCCCUACCAUUGCUUGCCUCAACGGACACGCCUUCGCCGGUGGAUGCCUCAUGGCCAUGGCCCACGACUACAGAGUCAUGCGCAGCGAUCGCGGCUUCAUGUGCAUGAACGAGAUUGAUCUCCCUUCGCCCUUGCCCGCCGGCAUGUCGGCCCUCCUCCGCUAUAAGAUGCACCCCCACGUCUACCGCUCCUGCGUCCUCGAGGCCAAGCGCUUCAGCGCCCAGGAGGCCCUCUCCUCGCACCUCGUCGAUGCCAUUGCUGAGGGCGUCGAAGGCACCGUCGAGCUCGCCAAGCAAGUCGCCCUCAAGAUUGCCCCCAAGGCCAAAGCCGGUGUCUUCUAUGGCAUGAUCAAGGAGGAUAUGUACCCUGAGAUUUCUCAGCGCCUCAUGAUGAACGCCAAGUUGUAG